AUGACUGUGGAACUAUCACAGGAACAAGUCUCGACGACUUCAGACAGACUUGGAGAGAAUGACGCAUUUCACGAAGACCUCCCAGGAUCCACAAGCACAUCCCAUGAAUAUGAACUAAACCUGCUGGAAUCCCUAACGUUUUUAUAUAACUUAUUGUACGACGAUAAGUCGACAUUGACGAAGACAGAUAUCCUCAGCAUCCUAAAUUCGCUCAAAGAAAGAGAGAAUGAAUUACCAUUUUCUUUCGAUGAAGUUUGGGGAUAUAUGAAUGUUCAAGGAGUUUGGAUGCCUCCAAGUCUUCGAAACAAGUUCUACAGUGAAAGAUCGAGAGACGUCGGGCUACUAUCGUUCCAUACAAGGACUGACUUUUUCAAGUUUGAAAACUUCUUCAGCAAGUUGAAGAAUCAUAUUACCCAUUUCCAGCUACGAAACUUGGUUAUCUGUGGCGAAAACAUUCAGAAUGGUAUUUUCUAUCCAUCAUCAUAUUACCACGAUAGUAAUCUUAAUGUUGUUUCCCUGGAAAACGCUAUCUCGCAUCAAAGCCUGGAGGCUUUCCACAGUUUCUUCAAAAUCAACCGUCUUAUGCCUGAUGAAGACGACCUUUCUACACAAGCUAUGAAACUAGAUUGUCUAAUAGACUCUAGAAAGCUUCCACACAACGCCAAUAGUCGUAUUUCUUCAUGUGCAUGUUCCAACAAAUUCUUAGUCAACGGAACGUUCGAAGGUGGUUAUAUAUUGCUGGACAUUUCUGACCCCGACAACACGAAACUCAUGGGAGAGUAUACCCUUACAGGCUCGGCUGACGGCAUAACAAAUCAUGUCAGUAUUAGCAAGUCUGAUACCGAACUACUAAUUGCCUCAAAUGACAAGUGCAUUCGAAUUAUUGACAAUUUCACUGGCACACGAAAAGCUAGUUGUAAACUACCGCUAGCCGUGAACUGCCUGGCAAGCAAUCCAAGGAACGAGUCCGAGUUUUUCAUUACUGGAGAUGAUUCUGAUGCUUUCCUUAUGGACAAAAGAACUCUUCGCCAUGAUGUCUUUGACCCAUGCCUACUGUUUUCAGGACACAAGGACUAUGGAUUCGGAUGCGACUGGUCGCCUCUCGAUGAAAAUUUGCUACUUACAGGUAAUCAAGAUGGAACUGUCAGACUAUGGGAUAGAAGAAACCCACAGGAGAACCUUUACUGUUGGAGCAGUUCUUUGGGAUCGCAAGCUUCCACGGUCCUGGACGAUCUUUCAGGCGGUCCAGUGAGGAACUGUAAGUUCAGCUAUUAUGGGUCCCAUAUCGUUUGGGCGGAGAGCUUGGAUCAUGUUGGUAUUCUUCAGGUUUCUGAUUUGAAGAAAGAUAAUGAAAAUGUGCAUUCAAGAGUCCAAUCGAUCGAUUUUAUCGGCAAAUGCAUCGGCCUUAAUAUGUGUCCAGUUGACUCAGGGCACGGAGAGGAGCUCAUAAUUGGCAUCAACGACUGCCCUCUCGGAGGUGUCCUCAAAUACCUGCUCGAGGCUACCGACAAGCCUCUAGAUUUUGACUUUACUUUCUAG